AAACGGGGAAGAGAAAGGAGAGAGAGGAGGGGGCACGGCCGGGAGCGCAGAAGAGGCUUAGACAAAAUACGAUCAAGGAGUCGUACUGCUCACAGUGGCAAAUGGAGUUCAAGAAGAAGUGGAUGAGGUUUGUCUACAGUCAACAUCUGGCGUUCAACAUCUUCUGGAGCGAGCCGUGGUUGGACGUCGUCCGACACUUCAGGGAAUUGUCUGGGACAGUGAAGGUAUUGUGGCCUUCGGAGAAAGAGAUUGCGGACAUAGAGACAGUUGUCUGCACGGCAGACGAUGUGGCGGCUGAUCUCGGGGAGGUCGGGGCUCCUUUCUAUGUCAUAGGGGCCACCAUCAUGUCGGACGGUAGGAAGUCACGCGAUGCUAAACCCAUCGUUAACUGUCUUGGCGGCGGGUCGCGUAGGGUGAUGCUGGUCCGGACAAUGAAUAGGGUGGGUGAGCGGGACCAGGCGUCUGAUGUUUUGGCGCACUGGAUCAAGCUGUUCGAUGACUUUCCUCCUAGGUGGGUGAACGCCAUCUGCACCGACUUUGCCUCGGCAUACAUCGCCGCGGGGAACAUGCUCCAAGGCCCUGAGCAGAGGCCAGAGCAUCGACGGAUCACGUGGCUCCCAUGCGCAGUGCAUGUCUACAACAAGAUGUUGUCAGACAUUGGUUGUUCAAGCUCGUGGACCAAGGACAUCAUCAUGCGGGGAAGAGCGAUGGUGCGCUUCAUUAAGGAGCACGUCGCCGCUCUUUAUAGCUUUAAGAGGGAGAGCACGCAGAUGGGUCUUAUUUAUUCAUGCGAGACACGUUUCACAUCCGUGUUUGAGAUGAUGGAGCGUUUGCUAGCAGUGAAGUCGGCAUUGGAGAGGACGGUGGGCAGUGAUAGUUCGGGUAUGGUCCCUUAGGACCGUUUUGUCCGUCACUUCGCUAGGUGGGUCAGGUGGAAGGUGCGACAUCA